AGUCGAAAUGUACAAUGGUUAUGGUUAGGUAAGGUUUAUGAUUAGGCUUAGGUUAGGAUAGGGAUUAAGGUUAGGUUUAGGAUAGGGACGGCCAAAGGAUAGCGCUAACCGUUUGGUGGGUGUGGCGGGGUGUGGCUUGAAGGAAUGUGACGUAAUUCAAAGGCAGCUGCCAUGCUUAUAGCGUUCUCCCACUCCUCACGUUUUUUUUUAACUGAUCGUUCAGAACAACACAGUUUAGUUUAACGUUCCACACUGUUUUUUCGUAGGCCUACUGAACACGGUGCACAGAUCCACAAGGACAUGAUCGCGGCUCUCCUAAAAAACACCCAUCGACGUCUUCUAUAGAACCUAGGCUUUCGGACGGACAUCACUAGGGGUAAGGAGCCAUGAUUCCUGUGACGGAGUUCCGACAGUUUUCGGAACAGCAGCCACAGUUCCGGGUUCUGAAGCCCUGGUGGGAUGUGUUCACAGACUACCUCUCUGUGGUCAUGCUAAUGAUCGGAGUGUUCGGAUGCACCUUACAGGUGAUGCAGGACAAAAUCAUCUGCCUUCCCCAAAGAAUGUCCAUGCCGAACCAAACAAUACUCUUACCAAAUAAAACCGAGCUGGUCUCACCCGCUGUGCCACAGGAAAUGCACGAGAUGAUGGGCCUGAAAACCAACCUGGACCUCCAGCAGUACAGCUUCAUCAACCAGAUGUGCUACGAGAAGGCUCUGCACUGGUACGCCAAGUACUUCCCUUACCUGGUCCUCAUACACACCCUGAUCUUCAUGGUGUGUAGCAACUUCUGGUUCAAGUUCCCAGGCUCCAGCUCUAAGAUCGAGCAUUUCAUCUCCAUCUUGGGAAAGUGCUUUGACUCCCCCUGGACUACCAGAGCUCUGUCGGAAGUUUCUGGAGAGAACCCAGAGGAGAAGGAUAAGAAGUGCAGUGCCAGUAGAGCAAUCCUCAACGUGUCUGUAGAGGGGAACCUGGACGACCUGGAGAAGACCCAGUCCCUCAAAUCCAUCCCAGAGAAGAUUGUCGUGGACAAGCCCACGGCUAGUGCCCUGGAAAAGAAGGAAGGAGAGCAAGCCAAAGCUCUGUUUGAGAAGGUGAAGAAGUUCCGCCUGCAUGUUGAGGAGGGGGACAUCCUCUAUAUUAUGUAUGUUCGCCAAACUGUUCUCAAAGUGAUGAAGUUCCUCCUCAUCAUCGCGUAUAACAGUGCGUUAGUCUCGGAGGUGCAGAUCACAGUGAAGUGCAAUGUGGACAUGCAGGACAUGACGGGAUAUAAGCAUUUCUCCUGUAAUCACACCAUGGCCCACCUGUUCUCCAAGCUGUCAUACUGUUACCUAUGCUUUGUGGCUGUGUAUGGAUUCACCUGCCUCUACACUUCCUACUGGCUCUUCUACCGCUCGCUGAAGGAAUACUCCUUUGAAUACGUACGACAGGAAACGGGAAUCGAUGACAUCCCAGACGUGAAGAAUGACUUUGCCUUCAUGCUGCACAUGAUCGACCAGUAUGACCCACUAUACUCCAAGAGAUUCGCAGUCUUCCUAUCAGAGGUCAGUGAAAACAAACUGAAACAGCUGAACCUGAACCAUGAGUGGACGCCAGAGAAGCUGCGUCAGAGACUGAUGACCAACCACAACAACAGACUGGAGCUGCAGCUCUUCAUGCUGUCUGGGCUUCCAGACACCAUCUUUGAGGUGACAGAGCUCCAGUCCCUGAAGCUUGAAAUCAUCAACAACGUAACCAUCCCAGCCUCCAUCGCCCAGCUUGAAGACCUUCAGGAGCUUUCUCUGUAUCAGUGUUAUUUAAAGAUCCACGCCACAGCCACCUCCUUCCUCAAAGAGAACCUCAAGGUGCUCAGGGUGAAGUUUGAUGACAGCAGAGAGCUGCCUCAUUGGCUGUACCACCUGCGUAAUCUAGAGGAGCUCUACCUCAUUGGCUCACUGAGUCCUGACGCAUCUAAAAAUGUGGUUCUGGAGUCCCUGAGGGAGCUGAAGAAUCUGAAGACCCUGUCACUCAAAAGUAACUUUACAAAGAUCCCCCAGUCCAUUGUGGACGUGUCCAGCCACCUGCAGAGGCUGUAUGUCUACAACGACGGCACUAAGCUGGUGAUGCUCAACAAUCUGAAGAAGAUGGUGAACCUGACUGAACUGGAGCUGGUGCACUGUGACCUGGAACGCAUCCCACAUGCUGUCUUCAGCCUCACGAACCUACAGGAGUUGGACCUGAAAGAAAACAACCUGCACUCCAUCGAGGAGAUAGUUAGCUGCCAGCACCUCCGCAAGCUGACGUGCCUGAAACUCUGGCACAACAGUAUCUGCUACAUCCCAGAACACAUCAAGAAGCUUGGCAGCUUAGAGCGCCUCUACUUCAGUCACAACAAGAUCGAGAUCUUGCCCUCGCACCUGUUCUUAUGCAACAAGCUUCGUUACCUGGACCUGUCCAACAACGACAUCCGGUUUAUUCCGCCAGAGAUUGGUGUCCUACAGAGUCUUCAGUACUUCUCCGUCACAUGCAACAAGAUUGAGAACCUCCCAGACGAGCUGUUCUUUUGCAAGAAGCUCACAACCCUCAAGCUGGGCAAGAAUACGCUGUCAUUGCUCUCACCAAAGAUCUCAUACCUGGUUCUAUUGACACACCUGGAACUGAAGGGCAACCAUUUUGAACUCCUGCCUCCAGAGCUUGGGUUCUGCCGCGCAUUGAAGCGCGGUGGCCUAAUGGUGGAAGACGCUCUGUUUGAAACCUUGCCAUCGGAAAUCCGAGACAAAAUGAAGACUGAGUGAAAUGUCUUACAGUAUCUGUGCAAAAGGCCCUGCGAUAGACUAGCGUCCCGCCCAGGGGGUAUACUUCAAGCUGCAUUAAACUAUAUAAAAAAGUGAUAGGACAGGAGCCAAUGGGUUAUUCUGGCUCGGACAAGCCAACUUGACUGUUCAAAAAGAAAAAGCCAGUUUGUCUGGCAAUCCUAGUCAACCAAAAUGGUCGAUUUUAAUGUAUUACACAUCGCGAUCAACAUCUAAGCACUGUACCCUAAGUUUGUUUAUAGGGGGCAGAUGUGAUAAUCAUGGGUGAAUGUUUUUAGGAGUAUGUCGAAGUCUUACUUCAUGACAGAAGGGAACAUGGCAUUGUAAUUAAAUGGUUCUUAACAAUAGGGUUAGUCACAGGCAAGGUGUACUUGUACCCAGGCUAAUAUUUGACUCAUUCUCUGUCAUAUGCCACACAAUGUUUGGCAUGACAUGGCGUGGCAAGGAAUGGAAGGAUAGCACAAACAUAUCUGUUUUCUUCUGUUACAUGUAGUUGCUAGUUGACAUAUGUUAAUCACUCAUUGCACCUUUUCUGCAUUUUGCUUAUGUUAUGCUAAUUAAGGCCUGCUUUUUAUGGCUAUUGCAUUGCUGCUUGAAUACUUUUCAUUUAAUUUUUAUUUUUAUAUUGUUUGCCUGCCAUGUGCUAUGCAAUGUAGCCCCUGCUAGCCUAGCCUGCUCUAGCUUUGGCCUUUUGUGCCACAUGCUAUUGCACCCUCUUUUCCAUUCGAUUUGUUGUAUUGCUGCUAUAUUUAUGUACAAGCUUUACUAAUUUACAUUGCAUUUGUAUAUUGUCAUUUGAAAUUCAUACAAAUUACAUCAAUGAGUUAUGCACAUUAUUACCUGUUCUUAUUUGUACCUUUGUCUCCUUUGUAGAUAAACUAUGCAUCCAUACAUACACAGCUUUUAUAUAUAUAUAUAUAUAUAUAUAUACUGUAUCUAUAUGUAUAUACUGUAUGUAUAUAUGUAUAUACUGUAUGUAUGUGGACACCCCUUCAAAUUAGUGGAUUCAGCUAUUUCAACCACAUCUGUUGCUGACAGGUGUAUAAAAUUGAGCACACAGCCAUGCAAUCUCCAUAGACAAACAACAUUGGCAGGUGGCCUUAAUGAAGAGCUUUCGAACAAUUCAGUCAAAUUUCUGCCCUGCUAGGGCUACCCCGGUCAAUUGGAAGUGCUGUUAUUGUGAAGUGGAAACGUCUAGGAGCAACAACGGCUCCACAUAGUGCCAACUGUAAAGUUUUUGGUGGAGGAGGAAUAAUUGUCUUCCGAUGUUCUUAAUGGUCCGGACUAUGCCCCUUAGUUCUAGUGAAGGGAAAUCUAAACGCUACAGCAUACAAUGACAUUCUAGAGGGUUCUGUACUUCUAAAUUUGUGGCAACAGUUUAGGGAAGGACCUUUCCGCUUUAAACAUGACAAUGCUCUCGUGCACAGAGCGAGGUCCUUACAGAAAUGGUUUGUUGAGAUCGGUGUGGAAGAACUUGACUGGCCUGCGUAGAGCCCUGACCUCAACCCCAUCGAACACUUUUGGGAUGAAUUGGAACGCCGACUGAGCCAGGCCUAAUCGCCCAACAUCAGUGCCAACAUCACUAAUGCUCUUGUGGCUGAAUGGAAGCAAUUCCCCACAGCAAUGUUCCAACAUCUAGUGGAAAGCCUUCCCAGAAGAAUGGAGACUGUUGUAGCAAAUGUGGGACCAACUCCAUAUUAAUGCGCAUGAUUUUGGAACGAGAUGUUUGACAAGCAGGUGUCCACAUACUUUUGGUCAUGUAGUGUACCAAUAAUUGUUGAGACCUGCGCAACAACUGUUCACCUAACUCAACCAUGUGCUGUAAUUCAACUAAUCUGAACUUGUUCCAUGCCAUGUACCAUCUUCAUCUGAAUACACAUAGACUUUAUCUCUGCCUCUGUCUGCUCCUUCACCACAGCCCCACAGUAGUUGACCAUUAUCCAUUCACCAGUCCUACAUCUCUAUUCUUUACAGAGAUAUUGAAUGUUUUAUCCAGAAGCGCCUCAUCCUUAAGCGCCUGUCUAAAUGAUUUUGGAAUAUAACUUUAAUUUAAGCAAGAUAGAAUCUUUCAAAUUCAAAAGAUCUUAGUGUGAGCAGUUUGGCUAAGUUACACCUGGCUGUUUUCACAUGUCGCCUUGGGUACGACACAUCCUCUCACCUUUUGCUUUCAUUUCCAUUCCGUUCCACAUUUCCUGUUUCACAAAAUACAGCCGGGUGCAGCUUUCCUAAACCGCGUACAGUACGUGUUUUUUUUGUAUUUGAAAAAUAAUUUCUUGCUUAUAUGAGCGUUAACUUACAAAUGUUUUCAAAAUGGUAUCGUGUGCGAGGUGUAUUUGCGUUUAGACGGAGCAUUUGGGCAAAAAUCCCCUCAAGUGGCAGACCGCUUUGUGAAAGACAGUAUAAUGUUUAACAUUUACUAUUUAUUUGAAUGGGCUAAUCCUCGGUCCUUGAGUUUGAGUGUUUGCAUUCUCCAUCCCUCUGCUGUUUACCAAAUCAGUAGCGGCUGGCCACUUGGUUUGAACUGCAGAUUGCUCCUUUUAAGCUCAAACAACAUUUGAUCAGGUCACGUUUAACCAUUUCAACCCAUGACUGUUACCUUUUUACAUUAUAGAAACACUAAAAAAUAAAUAUCUGAUCCAUUGUUCUCUACUCAGGUAGUCUCUAUAUUGUGUUGAAAGUUAUUUAUAGAACAGUGUAGUCUACAAGUAAAAUGUGGACUCACUCAGCUGUAGCUGUUCUGUCAAUAGCCUGUGGCAAUACUAUAUUUAUCAGGAAGGCUAGCUUGUUUCAGUUAGUCAACAGCUUACACAAGCUAAAAAAAAAAUACCAGCCAAGUUGUAAGUAAUGUAUCUUUAUUACAAUCCACAAAACACUUUGCACAUGCCUUAUAGACAGAUUUAAACUUUUUGGUCCUCAGAGAGGUAAAAAAAAAAAGUCCACGCCUUACACUGCAAUGUCUAUCAGAGCUGUAGAUCACUGCAAAGGUGCCAGGGUCAGCUGAUAUCUUAAUGUAUAAAAACAGUACCGUAUCUACAUUUAUGUAGGGCUUUAUAGUCUAAUGCGAAAUAGUACCCCCCGCCCCAAAUGAAUACAUCUGGUGAGGAAAGAUAAUGAAAAUGUAUAUAUUUUGUUAUUUUUUAACAGUUCUUUUAACAGACCGUAUUUGCUGUGUUUGAUUCUUGAUGAAUAAAAACAACCAGCUGCUUUAAAAGAGACA